GUCCUCCACGGAACACACGUGUAGAUGGCUGCUUUGCAGUUCCACGAACUGGGACUAGACGACCGUCUCCUGAAGUCAAUAGCAGAUUUAGGAUGGGCCAAGCCAACUUUGAUCCAGGAGAAAGCCAUACCAUUGGCACUGGAGGGGAAGGACCUGCUUGCUCGUGCCAGGACAGGUUCAGGGAAGACGGCCUCCUAUUCUAUUCCUAUUAUCCAGAAUCUCCUUCAGGCAAAAAUGAUGGUAUCAGAACAGGCCAUUCGGGUUAUAAUUUUGGUUCCCACCAAAGAGCUUGGUCAGCAGGUUCAGCAAAUGAUCCGACAGCUAACUGUGUAUUGCGCACGGGAUAUUAAAGUUGCUGAUAUCUCUGGCCAAGCAGACAUUUCUGCUCAGAGACCUAUCCUGAUGGAGAAACCCGACAUUGUAGUCGGGACUCCCUCCAGAGUGCUGACCCACAUAACACAGCAGACGAUCUGCGUACGGGAUACUUUGCAGGCGCUGGUGAUAGACGAGGCUGAUCUUAUCUUUUCUUUUGGCUUUGAGGAGGAUUUAAAAAACUUACUUUGCCAGCUUCCGAAGAUAUUCCAGUCCUUCCUUAUGUCUGCUACAUUCAGCGAGGAUGUUCAGGCCCUAAAAGAACUUGUCCUGCACAAUCCUGUGACCCUUAAACUGGAGGAGUCCCAGCUCCCUGAUUCGUCUCAGCUUACUCAGUACCACAUCCAGUGUGAGGAAGAGGACAAGUUCUUGCUGCUCUACACUUUGCUGAAACUCUCUCUUGUUCGAGGGAAAACCAUUAUCUUUGUGAAUGAGGUUGAUAGGAGCUAUCGCCUCAAGCUCUUCCUGGAGCAGUUCAGUAUCCCAGCCUGUGUCCUCAACUCUGAGCUCCCAAUCCAUUCACGGUGUCACAUCAUCAGUCAGUUUAACCAGGGAUUCUACGAUUACAUUAUUGCCACUGAUGAACAAUCCCUUGCAGAUCCCUCUGUGAAAGGAAGGAGGGGAGAGGGGAAGAAGAAAGGAGGAAGAGGACAAAAAGGCCAAGAUAAGGAGUACGGCGUAUCCCGGGGCAUUGAUUUCCAGAAUGUGUCCACAGUACUAAACUUUGAUUUCCCCCAGUCUGUUGAUUCCUAUAUACAUCGUGCAGGCAGAACUGCUCGUGCUAACAAUCCUGGAGUAGCUCUUACUUUUGUGGCACACACCGAGCUCCCCCUUCUGGCUGGGGUUGAGGAGGCACUAGGUGGUGGUGUGCCUGAUGAAUAUGUACUGAAGCCAUAUCGUUUUUGCAUGGAGGAGGUUGAGGGCUUUCGUUACCGUUGCCGGGAUGCAAUGAGGUCAGUAACCAAACAAGCCAUUAAAGAAGCCCGACUAAAAGAGAUAAAAGAGGAGCUGCUCAACUCGGAAAAACUUAAGACUUAUUUUGAGGAUAACCCCCGAGAUUUCCAACUUUUGCGACAUGAUAAGCCCUUGCACCCUGCAAUUGUCAAACCACAUCUCAAGAAUGUCCCAGACUACCUCAUUCCCCCAACCCUGCGUGCAGUUGCUGAUCUCCAUAACAGGAAAAGAAAGAGGAAAAGGCCUAAUGCUGGAAGCUCUGGAUUCCAGGGCACAAGGUCAAAGUUCCAAAGGGGACAGAACCCACUGCGUAGCUUUAAAUAUGCAAAGAGCAAAAGUAAGAGAAAACCUGAGUAAGAUCUUCUACUGUGGCCUUUUGUGACAACUCUGCCAGCAGGACCAGUGGGGAAAUGUGUGGAGAUGUUAAAGGACAAGGAUAUCAGAUCCAUCCUGAAAUGCUGGGUGCAAAAUAUGUGCAGAUUAGCGCUUUGUUGCAACAUUCAGGAAUUAAAGUAAUGCCCAAUGUAUGUCCCAGGCUUACAUAAUGUUCACUCAUCAAUCAACAUUUCUCUUAGAAUCCCUUUGUCUCUCUGCAACCAACAGCAAGUACAUUCUUCAGACAUAG